AUGGCCUCGCGACCUUCCCUCUUUUCUCGUUUCUCCUACUCGGGCGAAAAAUUGCCGGUGCCUCCACGGCAUUCACAGAUUUCACGCCGUCCAAUACAGCACAAACCCAGCGAGUACGAUCUUGAUCAGCUAUCGCCCAACCCCAGAAAGCAUAUCUUCAAUUCCGGAUCCGAGCCUGCCUUUUCUGCCGAGAGCGCCUCAGUAGCCUCACACUCUAUUGCCAUGCGUCGACAACAAUCUAGCUCACCCCGAGCUUCUCCCAGCUGGAAAGAGGAGCCAUCGUGGGCACCACCAUCACCUGUCACCAGGCCGAAGCAACGGGCCCUCUUUGCCGGUCCUCCACCGCCUAUUGCAUCUUCAGUUCUAUUGCAUAGAGAGAUUGAAGAUCGCGGUGGUUCAAUCCAACUCUCGCCGGGCUAUCAACCCGGAGACCAUAUGGGCACGUUUUCUGACCGCUUGUCGACAAGCACUGUCAUCUUCGACCAAACCACGGCCACUGCAGAUCGACGUGGCCCUCGUACAAUACCUUACGAAAAUGAAUCAAAGUGGGUCAGUUUGCAGCGACGACAGCGGUCGAUUCAAAGAGAUAUUCAAAAACUCCUUGACGUCCAGUCAGCUGGAUUGCUGGCUGGACUGGGCAGAGGGCCGCUGAGCCCAGGCUCUGGAACCGAACUGGGCAGCGAUACCAGUGGCAGUUUGAACAGAAGCCGAAGCAGAGGCAACACGCCCACUGCAGAUUCUGUCCGCACAACGAGCACGCCUUCCUUGCGGCUGCCAACCGAUCGAGCAACGGCGUCCGGAGCCGUCAUUCCCGUGCGCCAGCCCCGUCCCAAAAAGCUCGGCCUGCGUGGUGCACGGUCUGGGCUGGCUCGCAGCAUCUCGCAGCUGGCUGUUCUCAAGGCGGAAGAGGAUGCAACACUGAUGGCAGCGCUGAAGACACGGAAACGGGCGUUGACACAGCUGCGUAAGCUAGCCAACCGACGGGACAAUAUCGUGGGCGAGCUGCAUUCGCUGGAGGCAGACGACGGAGAGCCGCUGACGCGUGAGCUCAUCACACUCAGCAGCGCACAUACGGAAACCACAAAGCAGAUUUUGGAACUGGAGCGGCAGCUGGCGAUGCUGCGCAGCCGCAAGCGCACCCUGGAGGGCCGAAUUGCCGACGCCACGAGUCAGCGCGACGCAGGCCUGAGCGGCUACCGUGGUGCACUCAAGGAGGUCGAAGGACAGCUGUCGGCUGUGCUUUCGCGACCAUCGGUACAACCUUUGGAUGUUGAGGCUUUGGGCAACAACGCACCAGAGCGACCACCUGGUACCAAAGAGGAAGACGAUCCCAGUCCAGGCGGAGACGAAUCUGCAUCGCCGACAGGCGGGGUGGAAUUCCUACGGUUACGCCCAGAGAGGCGCACCAUGGAGAUGGCCCGUUCCUGGUGGGAGGGAGAGGUGGAGAUCCUAGAACGGCGCAAGCUUGAAGUGAGAGCAGAACGGACUGCGCUAGAGAAGGGCGCCGCAGUCUGGGAGGAUGUCGUGCACUUAGUGUCCGGAUUUGAGUCCAACCUUCGAAGGCAGAUGUCCGGAGAGGACAGUGACGACGUCAACGGCGGCACAAUGGGCAAGGGCAAGGCACCGGCGCUGAACCCUGAAGAGCAUAUGCAGGCGCAGCUAGGGAAAAUGGCCGAGAUCAUGACCAAACUCGGGGGGCAUAUGCGCACUGCCGAGAACAAGGGCUGGAAUCUACUGAUCUGUGCCAUUGGGGCCGAGCUGGAAGCGUUCCAGGAGGCACGGCAAAUGCUCCGCGAAGCUUUGCGAGCGGCCGGGAUUCACGUGGACGAUGAAGAGCCCAAGUCUGGCAGCGCUGGAAACUCAGGCAUAGACGAGGAAGACUCGUCGUCCACACCGCGGCUUACGCAAUCGGUUGUCGCCAAGACGACAUCCAGGCCAGCAGAAGUCCUCGUGGAUACCGAAGACAACGACAGCCAUGGACAUGGCACAUCUGAAAGCGACGACAACGAUGUCCCGGCGGACUUGUUUGCGACGCACAAUGCCGACGACGACGAGCGCAGUACCGGCGGCAAUGACAGGAAUGACCAUCUACACGAUAGAGACGACAGCAGCGAGAAUGAGGUGCCACUGGAGUUUUUGUCAGGACAUUAG